UUGAGAGUAUAAGUGUAUAUGUGAUAAUAUGUUUGGUGCCUGUUUUACUUCCGUUUGAUCAAAUAGUUUGUGUAUUUUGUAUUUUAGAAAUGGGAAGCAUACCAGUCCUUGUGAAGAACUCUGGUCGAUGGACGUACGAAAAGAACUUCAAAGAAUAUGUCACUGAUGCUAUACUGUUGAGCACAUCAGCCACAUUCGUUGAGCUACACGAUGUUUUGGUAUCUCACUUAAGUGUGGAUUUAACCAUCAAACGUAUUCUAGUAGAAUAUCAAAUCACUCCUAAUCUAGGGCAGAUAGAAAUACAUAACGAUAUGGAUUUAAAAGUGUUAAAAUUGCAGAAAAAGUUGAUACAAGACAUAAAUUGUCUUCCUUUAUAUGUAAGCAUUUUGGAUAAAGUUGUAGGGAGAAACUUGGCAAGUUCAUCUAUAUGUGUUGCUGAAAGAGAAAUCAAUUGUAACAACUUGGAAAUAGUGAUAAAUACAACAAAUAAAGGAGCUUUAGCGGUUUGUGAAAAUACAGAAGCUUUAGAUGUUUUUGAGAAGGAUCUUAUUGAGGUGAUUAUCUCAGACCCACAUCAUAAGAAUGUUGAGGAAGAUGAAUUUUACUUGAGAAAAAGAAAUUUGAAGUCAGUCAUGAAGGACUAUUCAAUUAGGGAGAAGUUUCAAACGCGCAGUAAAAGGUCAAGUAAGAAAAUGUAUACAUUAUUUUGCAAAUCAAGAAAAUGUGAGUUUUUAAUGCGUGCAUCAAGAAUAGGAGAAACAGAAAUGUUUAAAAUAAGAGAAUUCAGAACUCAACAUACAUGUCCGGUGAAGGACAAUAUCUAUCCAAAGGUACAUGCAACAAGUAUGUUGAUAGCUGGUAUGGUUAAACAGAAAUUUAAAAACCACAAAAGAAAAUAUAGUGCGACGGAAAUAAAAAAUGACAGGAAGGAAGAUUUUGGUAUGGAUUUGACAUACACUUUAUGUUGGAGGGCAAAAAAAAGAGCGUUAGAAGAAUUGAGGGGUAAGUCAUCAACAUCUUAUGAGAAACUCCAAUCAUACUUAUAUGUUCUAAAUACUACCUAUCUGGAUUCACAUAUAAGAAUGAAGAAGACAGAUGAUAAUGUGUUCUUGUAUGUAUUUAUCGCUCUACAUGCAUUCAUUGAAGGAUUCGAUCAUUGUAGACUAGUCGUAGUUGUUGAUGCUAGUCAUCUAAGAGGAAUGUAUAUUGGGGCAUUUAUAACAACAUAUACAACGUAUGGAGCAUGUUAGUAUCAUUUAAUUACUAU